UCGAAGGUACAUCGACGUUGACUGUUUUUUUGACGGUGAGAAAUUGAGUGACAGGGGUGGAUUAAAAGGUUAUGCUAAAGUUGAUUCGGUGAGUCGGGGAAUCAUUGUAGAAUUGUGAUAAAAAAAUGUCGAGGAAGACCGCAGCCUCCGAACCAGUGGAUGGUGUUGCGAGGGGAAUUAGUGGACCCACGAGUGUCGAGAGCGUUAUACCGAGAACCAGACAAGAUUUGCUCAAGUGGAAUGGCUGGGGCUACAAAGACUCGCAGUUUCAGGUUAAUGAGAAGAUGAUCAUCGAGUUCACUGGAUCCAGGUAUCCCAUUGGUAAUCUGCAACUUCCAUACUUUACCCAAUGGGUGAAAGAUGUUUUUGGAGUUGAUUUGGAGGAUAGAAAACCACCACAACCACUGCCAGCCACCUUUCCAGAGCCCAUUAUCUCUCAGGAGUUUCUCGAUGCCAUUGAAGAGUUCAAAAUUACGUAUUCUACUGAUGGAAUGGACAGGCUCUUCAGGGCCCAUGGACACACGUUGAGGGAAAUGUAUCAACUGAAACGAGGGCACAUCGAACGAUUACCUGAUAUUGUUCUUUGGCCAAAGUGCCAUGACGAUGUGGAAAAGAUCAUCAGGAUGUGUGUGAAGUAUGGAGCUGCUUGCAUACCCAUCGGGGGAGGGACUAGUGUUAGCAGGGCUACUAGUUGUCCUACGAAUGAGAGAAGAACGAUUGUUUCACUAGAUACUUCACAGAUGAAUAGAAUACUGUGGAUUGAUCGGGAUAAUCUCGUUGCUUGCUGCGAGUCUGGGAUUAUUGGACAGGAUCUUGAGAGGGAGUUGAGGCUGAGGGGAUUCACCACGGGACAUGAACCUGAUUCAUACGAAUUUUCCAGCCUCGGCGGCUGGGUAGCGACUCGCGCCAGCGGAAUGAAGAAGAACACCUACGGCAACAUAGAGGACCUCCUCAUUCGAGUGCGAAUGGUGACCGGUCGCACCGAGGACUCCUCCCUGACCCUCGAACACAGUGCCCAGGUCCCCAGAAUCUCAAGCGGUCCCGACUUCGACCACAUGAUCCUGGGUUCCGAGGGCACCCUCGGGGUGAUCACCGAGGUUGUCCUCAAGAUCCGCCCCCUCCCCAAGAUCGUAAAAUACGGCUCUGUGAUCUUCCCGGACUUUCAGAGUGGAGUCGAAGCCAUGAGAGAAGUAGCGAAACAGCGUUGCCAACCUGCCAGCAUUCGACUGAUGGACAACGAACAGUUUCGGUUUGGCCAGGCCCUCAGACCCCAGCACGGCUUCGCCGACAAGAUAAUGCAGACAUUGAAACAGGCGUAUGUCACCAAGAUCAAGGGCUUCAAAUGGGACAGCGUGUGUGUGGCAACUUUAUUAUUCGAGGGCUACGAAUCAACCGAAGUUGCAAACCAAGAGAAAAAGAUUUACGCAAUAGCUAAGGAAUUCGGUGGCUUGGCAGCUGGUGAUACCAAUGGAGAGCGUGGCUACAUCCUGACCUUCGUCAUCGCCUACAUCAGGGAUCUCGGACUCGAGUUUGGCGUUCUCUCAGAGUCUUUUGAGACCUCAGUUCCCUGGUCACGUGCCUCCUCACUCUGCAGAAAUGUCAAAUCACGAGUGGCAAGGGAUUGCAAAGAAAUGGGAAUUAGUCAUUAUUUAAUUUCCUGUCGGUUAACCCAGACUUACGACGCUGGAUGCUGCAUCUACUUUUAUUUGGCCUUUACCUAUCUCGGGCAGAACGAUCCGGUCGAGACUUAUGAGCACAUUGAGGAGAAUGCGAGGGCUGAGAUAUUGGCGAGUGGGGGCUCGAUAUCUCAUCAUCAUGGGGUGGGCAAGAUGAGGGCUAGGUUUUAUCCGGAUGCUGUGGGGGAUGCGGGGCUCGGCCUCUACAGAGCUACUAAGAGCUAUUUGGAUCCACAUAAUGUCUUUGCCGCGGGGAAUUUGGAUCCUAGUUGUAGAGCCAAAUUGUAAGGGCUUUGGGGUUUUAUCUUUGAGGGGUGCGGAGAUUGGGGGGAACUAUCUGAGGCGACUUGGUCGCUGGCUUGAGGGGUGACUCCCUUAAGCUCAAUUACUGCAUCACUACUCACUAUACCGUACAGACGCUGAAGUUUUUAUUGGAGUAAAACUAUACAGUAGCUAUCGGAUCAAUUGGCUCAAGUCAAUUUCGUUCGCCACUCAGGUUUCGAUAGAUCUUUGGAACGCGGGGAGAGCCAGGAUUUUUGUGGGAAGUUUUUUAGGGGAGAGUGGGGCAAAAUGAAACAUCUAAAAAACGAGUAUUUGACGCAAU